UUUUUCUUUCCCUUAUUAAGUCAAGAACUUUCACCUUUUCACUUAUAGGAAGCACUUUGGGGCUUCAGUUUUACAUAUCCGAAUUGCCAGCAUCACUAUUCUUGUGCUCUGUGGCCAUUAGUAAGUAAAAUAAGGGUUACUUGAACACAGACACUGUGAUACAGUGACAGUCAAUCUGAUAACUGAGAUGGCUACUAAGUGACUAACGGGCGGGAUAUGCUGGACAAAGGGACGAUUGACGCCCAGGGCUGGAACUGAGCUUAAUGGCAAGAGAUUUCAUCAUGUUGCUCAGAAUGCCGUGCAAUUUAAAACAUAUGAAUUGUUUAUUUCUGGAAUUUUCCAUUUAAUAUUCAGACUAGUGUUGACCACGGAUAACUGAGACUGUGGAAAGUGAAACCUUGGAUAAGGGGGGGACUACUGUAUUUUAAAAACAACAACAACAAAAACAAACCUUAAAGGGUCAGUUUUUGGAAGUCCAAUAUCUAAAUAAUAGGAGUUACAGAAAGAGAAAAAUGACAACACAGAGGGAAGGAAACAAUCAAGGAAGUAAUUCAAGAACAUUUCCUGGAACUGAAGAACAUUAGUUUUCAUGUUGAAAGGACUCAUUGAAUAUUCAGCACAAUGGGUGAAAUUGUCCCACCCAAAGCACAAUCGUCAUGAGAUUUCAGAACACUGGGAACAAAGAGAAGAUCCUGAGUUUCCAAAGAGAAAAAAACAAGUCACGCACAAAGAAUCAGAAUUGCCUGGGACUCCGGACUCUCAACAGCACCAGAAGCUGGAAGGCAAUGAAGCAGUGGCUUCAAUAUUCUGCAGGAAAAUAAAUUCCAACCUAGAAUUCUAUAUCCAGCCAAAUUAUAAUUCAAAGAUGAGGGUAAAAUAAAGAUAUCUGCAGGCUACAAGGUCUCAAAAAAUUUACUUCCCAUGCACCCUUUCUCAGGAAGCUACUGGAAGAUGUGCUCCACCAAAACAAGGGAGUAAUCAAAAAAGAUGAAAACAUGGGAUACAGGACACAGGAGUGCCAGUACAGGAGAGACGUGAAAGGGCUCCCCUGGAUGGUGAUGAAGGAAGAUCUAAGGAUGACAGCAGUGCACACCAGGCACACCAGCCCAGAUCUGAGCAGAGACUCCAGAAUCCAACAAUAGCGUGUAUACUUCCUUCAUGAAGUCUCAUCGCUGCUAUGACCUGAUUCCCACAAGCUCAAAAUUGGUUGUAUUUGAUACUUCCCUUCAGGUGAAGAAAGCUUUCUUUGCUUUGGUGACUAAUGGUGUCCGAGCUGCCCCUUUGUGGGAUAGUAAGAAGCAAAGCUUUGUGGGCAUGCUGACCAUCACUGAUUUCAUCAAUAUUCUGCACCGCUACUAUAAAUCAGCCCUGGUACAGAUCUAUGAGCUAGAAGAACACAAGAUAGAAACUUGGAGAGAGGUGUACCUACAGGACUCCUUUAAACCACUUGUCUGCAUUUCUCCUAAUGCCAGCUUGUUUGAUGCUGUCUCUUCAUUAAUUCGAAACAAGAUCCACAGGCUGCCAGUUAUUGACCCGGAAUCAGGCAACACCUUGUACAUCCUUACCCACAAGCGCAUCCUCAAGUUCCUCAAGUUGUUUAUCACUGAGUUCCCUAAGCCAGAGUUCAUGUCUAAGUCUCUGGAAGAGCUACAGAUUGGCACCUAUGCUAACAUUGCUAUGGUCCGCACUACUACCCCCGUCUACGUGGCUCUGGGCAUCUUUGUACAGCACCGAGUCUCAGCCCUGCCAGUGGUGGAUGAGAAAGGGCGUGUGGUGGACAUCUACUCCAAGUUUGAUGUUAUCAAUCUGGCAGCAGAAAAGACCUACAACAACCUAGAUGUGUCAGUGACCAAAGCCCUGCAACAUCGAUCGCAUCACUUUGAGGGUGUCCUCAAGUGCUACCUGCAUGAGACUCUGGAAACCAUCAUCAACAGGCUGGUAGAAGCAGAGGUUCACCGACUUGUAGUGGUGGAUGAGAAUGAUGUGGUCAAGGGAAUUGUAUCACUGUCUGACAUCUUGCAGGCCCUGGUGCUCACAGGCGGAGAGAAGCCCUGAGCCGGGGGAAGGGGUCAUGCAGCACCAGGGGUUAUGCCCCACUCACUGCCUGCCCAAAGCUCUGGGAACCAGAGACGAGAACUUUAGAGAAUUGGGACUCUGUUCCCUGCCCGGGAGCCCCCUACCCUUCUACAUGGGAGUGAGGGAAGGUGUGGGGGAGGAAGGAGAAUGGAUUUUUAGCUGUCCUUAUCCUCACCCUUGAGGAAAACUUUCAGUCUGGCCCCUGCCCACUUAGACAUAGCCCCCUUUCUGUGCUUCUCAGGCAAAUUCUGAUCUCUGAGAGAUCCCCAGACCUCACCCAGCCUUUGCCUCUAUCUCUGUCCCUGACUCCACCCUAAGAUAAUGGACACAACAAAACUCUUCAUAAAGAUAUUUUUAUUCAUCCUGUUUCAUGCUGUAUGGAGGAGGCUGAGUCCAUUUAAUGGCAUUUCUUCCCAUAGUGGGAGUGGGGAGGAUCAUGGGGAGGAGGGCCUUUGGGUUCCUGUGCUGUAUGCAUAUGAAGGGAGAUGAGACUCAGGUGGAGGGGGAGGGCAGAGUGGUUAGCCGAGGUUAUUGCUUUUUGUGGCAAACCUAAUUAAAAUGACAGGAGCCUCUU